GGCGGCGGCGGGCUCCAACUGGGGCCUCAUCAUGAACGUGGUGAACAGCAUCGUGGGCGUGAGCGUGCUCACCGUGCCCUUCUGCUUCCGCCAGUGUGGCAUUGUCCUGGGAGCUCUGCUGUUGAUUUUCUGUUCUUGGAUGACUCAUCAAUCCUGCAUGUUCCUGGUGAAAUCGGCCAAUCUCAGCAAGCGCAGGACCUACCCUGGCCUUGCAUUUCAUGCCUAUGGAAAAGCUGGAAAAAUGUUGGUGGAAACAAGCAUGAUUGGGCUGAUGUUAGGAACUUGCAUUGCUUUCUAUGUUGUGAUUGGUGAUUUGGGGUCCAACUUCUUUGCCCGGCUGCUUGGAUUUCAGGUGUCUGGCAGCUUCCGCAUAGUCCUGCUCUUUGCUGUCUCCCUGUGCAUUGUUCUUCCAUUGAGUCUCCAGAGGAACAUGAUGGCUUCCAUACAGUCAUUCAGUGCCAUGGCUCUGAUCUUUUACACUGUUUUCAUGUUUGUGGUUGUACUAUCCUCUUUCAAGCAUGGCCUCUUCAGUGGGCAAUGGCUGCAACGAGUUAGCUACACUCGUUGGGAGGGCAUUUUUCGCUGCAUCCCCAUCUUUGGCAUGUCUUUUGCCUGCCAGUCUCAGGUCUUGCCUACCUAUGAUAGCUUGGAUGAGCCAUCUGUUAAAAUCAUGAGCUCCAUAUUUGCUUCUUCCCUAAAUGUGGUCACCACCUUUUAUAUUACGGUGGGAUUCUUUGGCUAUGUGAGCUACACUGAAGCCAUUGCUGGAAACGUCCUAAUGAACUUCCCUUCCAACCUUGUGACGGAGAUGAUUCGAGUGGGAUUCAUGAUGUCAGUAGCUGUGGGGUUUCCAAUGAUGAUUCUCCCCUGCAGACAGGCGCUGAACACCCUUCUCUUUGAGCAGCAGCAAAAAGAUGGUACCUUUGCUGCUGGGGGUUAUAUGCCUCCCCUUCGGUUUAAAGCCCUCACACUGGCUGUUGUGUUUGGAACCAUGGUAGGAGGCAUCAUGAUCCCAAAUGUGGAAACAGUCCUGGGCCUCACAGGUGCCACGAUGGGAAGCCUCAUCUGUUUUAUCUGCCCAGCUCUUAUUUACAAGAAGAUCCACAAGAAUGCCCUUUGCUCACAGAUUAUACUGUGGAUUGGCCUGGGAAUGCUGGUUAUUAGUACAUACACCACUUUGUCUGCAACGGAGGACACUCCUGGGAAGGCAGAAGCAGUGGGCUUGGAGCACCUUGAAGGAGAGGAAGCCAGAAUUGACCAGGAUUCUGUCAAAAUUCCAGACCAGAACCCAGUGGUAGAGGAGGCAGAGGAUGACCGUGAUAAACCAAAGCUACUGGAUGAGAAGGAAGAGAUGGAGCAGCCACAGAUCAAGGAGCCCAUGGAGGUACCCAAGAGAGAUGAAGAAGGAGAAAAGUUACAGGAACAAGUACAGCUUGACCGGCCUGAUCAAGGGAUUGCCCUGCCUGUGGGAGAAGCGCAUCGCCAUGAGCCGCCUGUCCCGCAUGACGAAGUGAUUGUGGACAUGGGGCGGGAGCGGGAGGAAUCUGAUGAGAAAAAGCUUGCACUUGGAGAAGCCAAUGAUAAUCUGCUCAAGCCAGCAGUGGAAGAGCCAGUCGAACUGAAUCCCAAGAAAGAGGUGCUUGGCCUGAAACAAGGGAUGGAAGCAAUUGCUGAGAACCAACUGCGGGGAGGGACUGACAAGCCUGUUAAGAAUCUGAAGAACGUCCUGGAGGUGAACGUGCAGCAGGAUGGCAAGCCGCCAUACAAAGAUCUGGAGCCAGACAAACGAGUGUUGGAAGCCAAAGCUCAAGCUGCCAUGCUGGACAGCGAGAAGAAAGCUGAGGCUGCAGGUGUCAAGGAGAAAUCAAAUCUCCAGCUACCCAGGAAAGCAGAGGAGGUUGUGAAGUCCAUAGAGAAGGAAGCUGACCCUGGUGAAAAGCAAGAGCUGCCCCUCCUAGACAGAGCAGACCCCGCUCAGGCCCAGCAGCUGGAGCAGAGAGAGAUCAGAAAUACUGAGGAAAAGCAAAAGGAGAAUGCAGAGAACAAGCUGGAGGAAGUGGGGCAGGCAAAACUGCUUGAUCAUGCCGUGCUGCUGCAGGUGAUCAAAGAACAGCAGGUACAGCAAAAGCAGCUACUUGAUCAGCAAGCAAAACUGCUGGCUGUGAUUGAAGAGCAGCACAAGGAGAUCCACCAGCAAAGACAGGAAGAGGGAGGAGAGGAGAAGCCAAAACAAGGAUAUGGUGGUGGGAGAAGAGAAACUGUCACUCAUCAUGAGAAAAAGACUUUACAUUUCAACUUGUCUUCUGCAGCAGAAAUGCAACAGGAGCCUGCUGUGCCACACUCCAAGAGUAAGGAGGAAGACGGCCCAGGAGCUAAACAAGAAGCUGCUGCAAAGCUGGUUGGUAAAGAGUCGCUGGAACACCCUCUGCAGGGGUUGGGCAGGCAGCCUGCCAACUCAGCAGAGCAGCGCAAAGGAACUGCAGGAAGGCUGGAAGAGGCUGAGCACAGGCGUGAGAUUCCUAGGGUACCUCCCAAGGAUCUGAAGGUACCACAGGAGGAGAUGGACAGAGCUGUUAAAAAAGCUGCAGAGAAUGGGGAUCCCCUUCCUGGCAAUGCCCAACACAUUCCAUCAGCCAGAAACCACCUAGAAAAGAAGCCCUUGGCAGAGAAUUUAGGAGGUCACGAAGCCAAAGCUGGAAGAGACGUCCAUGAGAAGAAUUCCCUGAAAGCUGUGGAAGUAGCUACAGCACGCAUCCAAAGAGAACAAUUAGGGGCUGCCAAAGUUCAGGGAGUAGUAGGAAAGAGUCUGGAAAGAGACACAGAAACAGACCUUAAAGCCAAAGCACAGAGUCAGGUGGAGCCCAAAGACCUGGCACUUGUGCUGGACUCCUCAAGUAAACUGAACGUGGCAGGGAGUGAGCAGCGCAUACGGGAGCGUCAGAGAGCUGCAGAUACUGAGAGGGGUGAGGGUGCUAAUGGCAAAUUGCAGCAGGCCGUGCAGAGGGACCUGGCUAGCAAAAUGGAGGUGAAGAAAGAAGCUCCUCGGGAGAACAUGGUGGACAUGGUCCAGGAUCCUCAAGGAAGUCUCCUGAGCAAGCAGAAACGUGCAGAUGGGAGCCUCUCAAAUGAGGCUGAGAAGCAGCCAGAUGCUGAGGAUAGUGCUGCCCAAAAGCCUGAGAAAGGAGUGGCUGCCCAUGGGGACCAGAAGGUGGACCACGAUGUCAAACCUAAUCGGGACCUAAAACUGCAGGCAGACCUGGACCUCCGCCGGAGGAGACGGGACCUGCUUCCUCACGAGGAGGAGGAGGAGGAGGCUGCACAGGGGGCGGGGGUCUUCAUUGGCCUGAAUCCCCUUCCAGAUGUGAAAGUAAACGACCUCCGGAGUGCUCUAGAGACACGAUUAAACCAAGUUGCGGAGGGAGCUCAGCAGGUGGUCCACAGCCGGCAGAUCAAACAGAUGACGCAGGCAGACGGGAGCAUGUGAGUGGGGUGGUCGCGCUCGGUGGGUGGCUGAGGGUGUUGGCCACCAGCACAAUGCUGAUGGGCUCAGUAGGGAAGGUUCAAGUUAACCAGCUGCUUUUUUGGCCAGUGUUGCUCAGACAGUGGUCAGUCUAAACCAGCAGCACUUUGUUGGAUGCAAUGCUUGGAUCCAUGGGAUUUCCUUGGACCUGUGAAUACUGUCCAGGGGACUGUGGGCUUCUCCAGUCUCUGUAGUGGGAACGCCUCCCUGUGUGUGCCUAGUGGUGGCCAAGGAGAUGGCAACCAUGAAAGAUAAUCUCUCGCUGUCCUCUGGCUUUCAGAGGUUGCCAUCUAACUUGGUUUCCUGCCAGGCCACCUUUCAAGUACCUUUUCAACCUCUUGUUCAUAUCGAAUCGCCCUCUCCAUCUGGCUCUCAUUUACCCUUUCAGAACUGAGGCAGUUCUCCAUGCAGUUCACCCACCUGCUUGGAAAGGCUUCUUCAGCAAGUAUGUUGGGUUCCUUAGCCCAGCCUGUUUGGGGCUUUGGAGCAGAGGUCUGGGAUUGCAGGCAGAGGGGAACCAGGGAGAGAUGCACAACUCCUCCUGGAAGAUUUUGUUCUGCUUUGGAGAUGCAUCAAUUCAGAUUGGGUUUAGGACUGGCUUAGGCAAUUGCUUUGGUAUUUCUUUUGAAAUGGGAGCUGUUAGUCUUGCAUGUUUAGGGGAUAGUUGUGGUUUAGGAACCUAGUUUUGUAGAAAUGCUGCCUUAAACAGGCACAACUGCUGCUGUUGUGCUGCCUCUACUCCCAGGGAUUUAGUUGGUUGGCCACACACUAGCAAUAACAAAGAGCUUUGCUCUCUCCACCCUCUCCGGAUGCUCGCACUCUCAUCUGUGCUUUUAAAGUGCAUUAUGAAGUUCAACUCGGGGGCUGCAGCCUGCCCCCCAAACCAGCUUGACUUUCUGCAAGAAGUGACUAACAUUUAGGAGCAAAAAAAUGUGGCUUAAAAGGGUGUUCUUGGGGGCUUGGCUCAAGCAUACCUACCUCUUUUCUCUGUAACUCGAUGGAACGUGUUUGUUUUGUGUGUUUUUUCACAACCAUUGUCACAUUCGACAAUGUGUUUUAUAUCCAUAGAUGUCAGUACUCCGCCCCGGUAAUGCGUUUUAUGAGCAAGAAAGGGAAAAACUUCUAUAAGACUCCUGGUUUGUUUCAGGCUCCCAGACAGUGAUUCAUCCUUUUUUCUUUUUUUUUUUUUUUUUUUUUUUUUUUUUUAAUCCUGACUUACGAAUGUAAGAAAUAAAAUCCCAAAGCUCUCACUAGAAUGGCUGAAAUUUCCCAGCCUGGAGUCACAGACCUCAUCACUGUGGUGGUUUUUAUAUCUGUAUCUCAAAGUGUCUUUGGUAAACUAGCCUCUCUGCGUUCAUAUGUGCCGGGAUUUCUCAGAGCAGAGGCUGGGUCGUUAUCGAAUAUGUGGAACUGUCACACUGGUUCUGGUAAAUACCGUGGGGAAGGCUCUGCCUUCGGUCUUUGGGUACUUUGCUCCUGUUUGCCUGCUCCAGCAGUCGGAGGUUGCAGUGCAUCUGGAACGUGUGCCUGUUGCUUGAAGGAUGUCAUCUUAAUCUCCAAAUAAAGUGACACAGAGCCACAGGGCAACAGCCACGGAUUCAGCUGAACUGCUUCAUGGGGACCAUCUGCGUUACUUCCACGUGUGUCUCAGAUGUGACUGACAUAGCCUUAACCCUCAGGACUUCCUCCAUAGUACAAGUGAGCUUCUCCAUUACGCUGUCUUAAAGCACAAAUAGCAUGUUUGGUAAUCCUUGGAACUGCGUGUGGCAGGAGGACUGUUCUGUAGGUGUCCCGUGCCAGCGUUUGUCAGGGGCAGGUAAGGCAAUAGAUCACAUUUCUUAGCCUAAGUCUGCACUGGGGAGACGGGUUUGUGCUUUGUGCCCUGCUGCACUAAUGAGCCUUUAUAAAAUGAAAGGGAGCUGGAGGAAGAGCUGGUUCCCCCCGACUUUUUGCACUUUGUCUGUCCUGGCCUCUCCCAUACAUCUUAUGUCUGCAUGGCAGGGUGAGGACAGACUCCUUUCCCUGUGGCUUCAGGACGUGCCUGUAGUGGUGACGUUCCUUGGCACAGUCUCACCUGCAUGAACACGAAGGACCAAAGUUGCUCCUGAUGUUCCUCAGCAAAUGGAAACGGAAAAUGGCUAUGGGUUCUGGGCAUCCCCAACCUCAGCUGGAAGGCGGCAGGGAGCUGCAUUACCUCUCUGUGCCAGGAACUGUUUGUACUGGGUGUGGAGUGCUUGGCGGGAGAAACUGGAGGGGAGGCUGAGCUGUGUAGAUCAAUAAAAUAAGCUGAAGCAUUGUUAUCUGAA